AUGUGCAAACACAUUCUCAACGCGCAAGUCGCCAUCCGCUCCCCAUGCUGCAAGCAAUGGUUCGAUUGCGCCGAAUGUCACGCGGAAAAGGAAACGCAUACGCUCAAGCAGACGAUGGAGAUGAUCUUUGCGUGCAAAAAGUGCAAAAAGGUCUUUCGCAAAGACAUGAGUGAAUACGAGGACAGCGACGAGUACUGCCCACACUGUGACAACCACUACGUUUUGGAGGCCAAGGAGCCCAAGGCACGACUGGAAGUCGAGGGUGAGGAUGUACGAAAGGACGCGAGAAUGCUCAAAGACGACCGCAUCAAGCCCAAGGAGGAMCUCACAAUCUGGGACGAUGAGCUGGAAGCGGCACGGUUGGGAUGA